UCCAAUCCCGAUUAGUCCUCGUCUGACCGCCAUUCGGGGAAUCUAUCUGCUUUCAGUCUCCCUUUCAUUCUCUCGGAGGACCUGCCCGCUCUUUUCCUCCAAGAUGACGUGGUUAACUCUGGUACUUCUUGGGUUAGUGGCAUUCAUUGCGUACUUGGUCUUCAAUCAGCCAGACUCGAAGGGUAUGCCUCCAGGACCGAAGGGACUGCCUCUCGUUGGCAAUGUGUUUGAUCUACUCUUCAUGAAGUCUCCAGAAUACUUCAACAAAAUGGCGGAAAUACACGGUCCUUUAUACAGCAUCCAGUUGGGUCUUAAACGAGUUGUUGUUAUCAACUCCUCACACUGGUUGACACAAGCUUUUGUCAGACAAGGAGACAUGUUUAACCAUCGACCCAGAGGAACAGUCCUCAGCUUCAUAAUGGGCGGUAAAGGUAUUGCUGAUGCUGAGGAUCAGGUCUGGCGGGACUCGAGGCGUUUCACUCUCCAUGUGCUUCGAGAUUUUGGGAUGGGAAAGAGUUCUGUGGAGGCAUACGUCAACAGGGAGCUUCAUGACUUCUUGGAGACAGUACAGAAAAAGGUAGGCCAACCUUACGACAUCCAUUAUGAUAUGGCUACAUCUGUCCUCAACAUCGUAUGGCACAUGUUCGUUGGCGAGCGUUUCCAGAUGGAAGAUAAGAACUUGAAGUGGAUCGUGGAUUCCUUGGAGAUGUCCCUGACCCUGGUGGAACAGGGCGGCUUCCUCAAUUACACCCCUAUGUUACAAUUUAUCGGCACUUUCUUGAAACCAAAGGCCUUCAAAGUUGGACUAAACGUAAAACAUCGGCUUGAUUAUUUCACAAAACUGAUCGAAGAGCACAAGGAAAAUCUGGACAACCCUGACCGUGGCAAUGAUUUCAUAUAUCAGUACCUUCUCGAGCAGAGAAAACAAAUAGAGCAAGGCAAAGAGAAUAUAACAUUUACAGACAACCAGCUGAAAUGGUUAAUCAGUGACCUCUUCAUAGUGGGCCUUGACACAACGGUAACAACACUUCGCUGGUGCAUGCUCUUCCUCGUCAGACACCCAGAAAUACAGGAGAAACUCUUCCAAGAGUUGGAGGCUGAAAUUGGCAUAGAUCGUCACCCGACCUACGAAGACCGCCUGAGGAUGCCUUACACCGAAGCAUUCAUCACAGAAAUCUUCCGUUACGGCUCAAUCACACCGCUGGCUCUUCACGGAAACCCCGAGGAAACGACGCUGAACGGCUACAGAAUCCCGAAGAGGUCCUGGAUUAUCGGAAAUAUCUACGGAAUUCACUGGGAUAGAAAGGUGUGGAAAGACCCUGAAAAUUUCCGACCAGAAAGAUUCAUUGACGAGUCAGGUCAGCUUGUGCGGUCUGAGAACGUCGUGGGAUUCUCUGUGGGUCGUAGGAACUGCCUUGGAGAGUCCUUGGCUAGGAUCGAAACCUUCCAGUUUCUGACGGGAAUGCUACAGAAGUUCAAGUUCGGUAUCCCUCCGGGCGACAAGAUCCCGAGCACAGAUUACCACUGUGGAGUUACUCUAAACCCCAAGGCCUUCAAACUUAUGGUGACAGAAAGAUUUGCUAAAGCUGGAUGAGCGUCCCUGUGUUGCAGUGAUAUUAUUAAACAACUAAUGUGCAUGGAUGUAAGUGUGAUGUAAUAAAUUCAUAUAUCAAUCUGUAUUAUGGCGGGUAGUAAAUAGUACUAUUAAUUCUAGGUAUGUAAUAUACAAUUGCAUAUCUAGAGGACACAGAAUAAGGACAGAUUAUUAUUAUCCUUAUUAUUGUAAGUCUAAAAAAAACUUUCAGUAGCAUUUCUAGACUUUCAUAUGGAUUGCCGAUGUAACUGUUAUUAUAUAACAAUUGAAUGUGGAACGAGAUACAGUUAAAGAAGUUAGACAGCUAAGUGAGAAGAGACCAAAGGGACUAGAAGAAAUUAAUAGACAGGA